ACUGGAGAAAACAUUGAAAUGAAAUAAGUUGAAUUAAACACGUUCGUUUUUCUCGUAUCUAUGAUUAAAACUGAUUGUUUUUAGUUAGAAAAUUGUGUUACUAGGAUCCAAAAACUAACGCCAAUUAUGGCUAUCCAGGAAAGCUCAGCCAAAAAUUGAGAAGUACAAACAAACUCCUUACAUCUCCAAAACAGCGCACAGAAACAAAACAAGGUUUAAUUUUAUAGUCAAACAGUCCGAAUUUUUUAUCUCUAAUAUUGUACGCUUUAUUAACAAUUAUGCCCGAAGAACGUUGCGACAAAUGCUUCAAGGUGAUAGUUGACGACUUUCUGAGCUUCAAGGGCAGCAACUACCACACGGAGUGCUUCACAUGUAGCCACUGCCAACUGUCUCUGGAUGGGAAAAAGUUUGCAGUCCAGGAGAGUGGCAGAAUGCUGUGUGCCACGUGUCUGCAGAAUGCCUCUUUUACGUGCAACAUAUGCGACGAACCCAUUAUAGGGGGGAAGUACGUGGAGUACAGGACUUCCCACUAUCACGAGGACUGUUUCCUGUGUGCAAAGUGUCGCAAACAGAUAGGGCAGGGCAAAUUCUCAGUCACCGCCAACGGUUUCUUCUGCACACUCUGCAAAAAGCUGUGAACUAAAUUCAACUGAAAUCUUCAGUGCAAUUACUAACAAAUACACGAAUACAAUUUUGAACUCACUCACAAAAUUUAUGUACAUGAAAACUACGCUGCAUAGAAUAACACUUGCAUAUUUGCCCAGCUCAAGUUUGUGGUAUAAAUGUUUUAAUUCCACGUGAAUUCCGCCUUGUUGCUUUUUUCCCCUUCAAAUCUUUUUUGCUCUUUCUAGCAUUACCGCCUUCAGCCACAAAACUUUCUCCACCUGUGAACUCGCUUUUGAAAACUGACAAAUUUUCUGAAAAUUCAAAUGCGCUUCA